AAUCAAUCAACCAUCAUGUCCUCAAUUGAUGAAUUAAAAGACCUUGUCCACAAAUUACAAGACCGUAUUGUCUCAUUGGAACAAAAAGCUGGCUUAGUUCCAGUUGUUCCAAACUCAAUUAGAAUGGUUUUAAUCGGUCCACCAGGUGCUGGUAAAGGUACUCAAGCUCCAAAUUUAAAAGAAAAAUUUUGUGCUUGUCAUUUAGCUACUGGUGAUAUGUUAAGAUCUCAAGUUGCUAAGAAAACCGAAUUAGGUAUUGAAGCUAAAAAAAUCAUGGAUCAAGGUGGUUUAGUUAGUGAUGAUAUCAUGGUUAAUAUGAUUAAAUCUGAAUUAGAUUCAAAUCCUGAGUGUUCAAAAGGUUUCAUCUUGGAUGGGUUCCCAAGAACUAUCCCACAAGCUGAGAAAUUAGAUUCAAUGUUGAAAGAAAAAAACAAACCUUUAGAAUCUGCUGUUGAAUUGAAAAUUGAUGAUGAAUUAUUAAUUGCAAGAAUCACAGGUAGAUUAGUUCAUCCAUCUUCUGGUCGUUCAUAUCAUAGAUUAUUCAACCCUCCAAAAGUUGAAAUGAAAGAUGAUAUAACUGGUGAACCUUUAAUCCAAAGAUCUGAUGAUAACGCUGAUGCCUUAACUAAAAGAUUAGUUACUUAUCAUAAACAAACCGAACCAAUUGUUGAAUACUACAAGAAAACUGGUAUCUGGAGUGGUGUCGAUGCUAGCCAAGCUCCAAAGAAAGUCUGGGGUGAUAUCUUGAAAUGUUUGGGUCAAAAAUAAGUUGUAUAUAACACAAAUAUUUGAAUAAAGUGGUAUAUUCACAUUGUUAUACUACUGUAGAUGACAUAAUGUAUUACAUAAUUAAUUUGCAGAUCACGUGGCUGUCCCUCUUUGGCGGUAGUGGGGGAAUCAGGGAGCGGGGCGGUG